UCACGUACGGCGUAAACCGGCGGGCACUGAGACCACGCGGAACGUGCUGUCAGCUCCCUGUCGGUUGAGAUGAACCGUUGGGGCUCUUCGUUCACACCGGAGAGAUAGCUGCUGAUUAACGUCUGACUGCGUAGCUGAGAUAUUAAUUCGUAAUUCCCUUUCGUUUUUUUUUUCUCUUUAAGUUAUGUGGUCAUAAUGAGGUGAGGAUGGCCAAGCGACCGGGGACUGACGACGUGAUGUUGACUUCGCCGACCAUUCUCCGGGAUUUCGCAGCCGGGGACGUGAACAUGGAGUGCUGCGACGGAGACGAGGAUGUCUCCCUGGAAGAAAUCCUGAAACUGUACAGUCAGCCGAUAAACGAGGAACAGGCAUGGGCGGUGUUUUAUCAGUGUGGUCGGACUUUAGCGCAGAAACAUCGGAGGAAAAACUCCAAAUCUGCCGGUCCUUCAACCGUCAACUAUCCGAGGAGGAUUGAGGGACCCGGGGAUGUGAGGAUCCGGAGAGACGGGACUGUGAAACUGCAGUUUGAACAUGGCACAGAUAAAUACCAGCCGGCCCCCACGUCAUUAGAGGUUAUAGACUCACUUGGUGUCAUGAUUUACAAAGCUCUGGACUAUGGACUCAAAGAAAACGAGGAACGUGAACUCAGCCCGCCGCUUGAGCGCCUCAUCGACAUGAUGACCAACACCGAAGAAACAGAGAGUGACCCCUGUCCUGACGAGGGCUACGAAGCUACAGAGGAGGAGUGCGAGGAGGAGGAAGAAGAAGAGGAGGAAGAGGAGCCCGUCUCUGCCCCCUCAGGCUCCAUCAGCAGCAUUCGCAGUUAUCGAGACCUCAUCACGUUAUGUUCGUCCCACCUGCCCAGCCCAUCAGCCGCCCCCAGCCAUUACCGGGCUGUGUGUCGUGCUCUCUAUGCCGAAACCAGGGAACUACACACCUUUCUGGACAAAAUCAAGAGUGCCAAGGAGAACCUUCGGAGGAUGGAAGGCGAGACUCGGGAGAAUCCUGUUAAAGACCUCGAUGAGCUGCAAAAUGCAGAUUGGGCACAGUUCUGGGUGCAGGUGAUGCGAGAUCUACGAGAUGGCGUUAAAUUAAAGAAGGUUCAUGAGCGUCAGUACAACCCAUUACCUAUUGAAUACCAGCUCACACCGUACGAAAUGCUGAUGGACGACAUCCGCUCCCAACGCUACAAGCUGCGAAAAGUAAUGGUGAAUGGAAACAUACCACCAAAAUUAAAGAAGAGUGCUCAUGAGAUCAUUCUUGAAUUCAUCAGGUCGCGACCGCCUCUCAACCCGGUCGCUUCCCGUAAACUGAAACCCCACCCGCAACGUCCCCGGAGCCUCCACGAGCGCCUGCUGGAGGGCAUCAAAUCUGAAAGGAAGCUCAGGCCGGUCUCACCGGACAUGAUCCGCAGAAGCCGCCUCGGUGCAGGGAAAAGCAUCAGCACUCCUCAGGACUUGUUCCGCAGCUCAGACACUCCCGAUGCCCCCAGGAAAUUGGCUGUCAGCACCCAGUCUCUGGCCGAUGGCACCCUGGGACCCAGUCAAGGUGGAGCGCAGCCCCUUAGCCAGAGGAAGAGGCUGCUCAGAGCGCCCACGCUGGCUGAGCUGGACAGCUCCGAAUCAGAUGAGGAGCCCACACGGAGCACCUCCAGUAUGUCCACGUCUUUGAUGGAGGACACGUCACCCGAGUCUGUAACGGGGAAGAAAGCUCCUCCAAAGUUCCUGCCCGUCUCUGCCAUCCCACAGCCAGACAAGCGUCAGUCUCCACAGAGGCGGCACUCCGUCGAGAAGAAGGCCCCCACCAGUGUCCGCCCCUUUGUAGCUCCAUCCAGACAGAUCUCCAAGUCUUUGCUGAUGGCGGAUCCCAGUGCCAAGGUGGAAGCCACCAGUGGUGCCCAGGGCACGGAGGAGUUCUGCUACCCGGUGGAGUGUCUGGCUCUGACGGUGGAGGAGGUGAUGCACAUCAGGCAGGUUCUGGUGAAGGCCGAGCUGGAGAAGUUUCAGCAGUACAAAGAAAUCUACAACGCCCUCAAGAAGGGAAAGGUUUGCUUUUCAUGUCGGACCAAGAGGUUCUCUUUCUUCACCUGGUCCUACACCUGCCAGUUCUGCAAAAGGCCUGUGUGUUCCCAGUGCUCUAAAAAGAUGCGGCUGCCAUCUAAGCCCUACUCCACAUUGCCCAUUUAUUCUUUGGGCCCCAGUACUGUUGCUAAAGAAGAGGCGCGGAGUGGAAGUGGCGCGUCUGCCGCUGCGGAGCCAGAAAAGCACCCAUUUGGGUCUGGACACAGCCGACACAGCUUACGCAGAAGUGUUUAUAAGUUGUCUAAGAGCAGCAGCAGCAGCAGCAGCAUGGACGGCCGGUCGCAGGACGAGCCGGAGCUUCCCAAGGAGCUUACAGAGGACUGGGUCACCAUGGAGAUCUGCGUAGACUGCAAAAAGUUCAUAAUUGAGAUCAUCUCCUCCAGCAAGCGCAGCCUGUGCGUGGCUACCAAACGUGCCCGUCUCAAUCGCAAAACCCAAUCCUUCUACAUGUCAUCGUCUAACUCGGUCAACUUCAGGCCCACUGAGCGCACCAUUAAUGAGGUGUAGAAGGCGGGACUGCCCUGUGUGCACUUUUCUUCACCUUUUCCUCCUCUCCUCUGCCAGAGCUUAGUCGUUCAAUGAAGAAAACAAAAUCUCCUCCAAUGAAGCCAGUUCAUCCCACCCCAAAGUUAUACCUUACCUGUCUCAGGAAAAGUUGGCACGCUAUGAUUGGUCAUGAAUGCCAGAUAACAAAAGAGAGCCAUGUUUCUACAAGUCGGUGAUAAUUCAGGACACGGGUACAUUAAUUGAGUUGAUGAUGUCGCUGUUGUAAAUCAGGUAAAAGAAUGUAUAUUUGACAUGAGAGCGGGGUCAGAUGAUACAGAAAGCCAAAAGCUGUAGUGAUGAUGUGUAAAUCGUACAAAGCCCCGUCCCUAAUCUUAAAGCUGAUAAUUAAGUUUUCCAGUUCCUGUUUACGUCUAGCCCUCAGGAUGAACAACAGAUUGUCUUUUGACAGAAAUGCACUGUAGACCCUCUGCCGCUCCCCUGCCCCCCCCCCUCUCUCUUAUUCUUCCAGCAACAAUUAUGCCAAAUGUUACAUCAUUCAUUUUUCAGCCAGUUUAAAUGCAUACUGUUCUCUCAUUUUGUAGGGACGAUACAUUGAAGGGUGAAAAUAGUCAGAUUAUUUUUCUGGGUGGGUUUUUAGCCAUUAGUUUUAAAGAAUAUUCAAUUCUGUGCCUGGUGCCAAAAUGUAAUUUCUUUCUUUGAAUGCCUUUGUAGUUACGGACCUAUUGUACAUAUGUGUUAUAAAACUCAAUGGGGGAAAUUUUUUAGGGUAAUCCAAGGUUUAGUUUCCUGCCCUUUCCAUUAUCCAAAAGCUGGGCAACAGAAGCACAGAAUUGUAGGGUUAUGAAUGUGUACAUGCUGUAUAUCUUAAUUGUUCCAAAUUUAAUAUAAAAAACGUAACUAAGUAGAAGUAUAAUUUUGCCAUGUUAAGAUUUCUGCCUCGAAUUUCUUUAUUUGAAAUUCUUCCCUGAAAACUUUAUUAUUGGAGUUAUUUUGUUUUGUGUAAUAUUAAGAUUGUAUUUCUGUUGUAUAGUUUAUAAACUCCUCAGUGUUAAAAUACUCCUGUAAAUUGCAAAUUGCACUUUUAUUGUUUAUUGUUUCUUGGGUUUUUGUCUUAAUUAAUAAUUCAUAAUCUAUUAUUUUUAUUUUAUUUUAUUAUUUUUCAACUCUUUGGGGGAGGUCCAUUGUGCCAUUUCCCAGAGUUCCUCAUGAAUGAAAAUGUGUGUGAAUGGCUGCAGGUUGUCUGUGAAAAUAAUGGCUAAAACAAAACAUGGAUUUAUUUAAAUUGAAUGUAGGCAAGCGUACAACUGACACACACACACACACACACACACACACACACACACACACACACACACUUUUGUGACGGUUGUUACCAACUGAACAUGAAGCCUAACCAGCCUGUUCAAUAAUGAUGCCAUGUUCCAGUCAAACAUCUUACCAGUUUUAUUUUAGACCUCUGUAAGGAAUGUAUGCAUGCUGUACUGUGAACAGUUUGUUUUUAUCAAAUUAAUUCUAAUAAAAUCAUCAUUAUUCUUACUUUAA